UUACUACGUCAUGGCGCAGAACGCGCCCCCAGACGUCAUCAUGGGAGUGUUAUUUUAUGGAGGAAUGAAACAUCAGCGCAGGCCAGUCACUGUUCCUACAAAGCAUCAUUCUCUCUAUUGAGCUGAUCAACACACCACCCUCAUGAUCUGACCGCACUCAGCCAUCUGCCUUCUCCAUUACAAAGUGACCUCAUACAUCUCUCUAUGGAUAUUGCUGCCUCCUGUGAGUUUAAGGCCACUGCCGAGCCCUGCUGCACCUUGCCCAGCGUACACAUCUCAACUGCACACUUCCCCCCCCUGCGCUCUGCAGCAGGCCCAGGAUAUGUGUCUCACCAUUGACAAUCUGGAGUAGUAGGGAUAUGCGUUCCUUCAUCAGGAUAUCUGGUCUCUACACCUUGGAUUAUACCAUGCAUAAGGCUGUAUUUUUUCAUGGUUACCACAGAUUUCAUGAUUUCCAUCUAUUGUACCCACUGCUGUGUAAUAUGUAGUUCCCUUUUCUGGAAGAGUGGUGUAAAUCUACAUAUUUUGAUCACUUAAAAAUAAAUACAGCAAACGUUUGCCUUAUUGACACAGUACCUGUUAUACUGUAUUUAGGAACCUGGCAACUGGUUUAGUUUUCUUCCGGUAAAUGCUUGAACACACUACAUAGAGCUUUACAAUGUCUUCAAUGAAAAAAGCACCAGCUACAUCAAAGAUCAAAAAUGUUUCUGCUCGAUCGCACUGUCCAGUAGAAGAAGGGGACAUUUCAUGUGUCUGUUAUUUUUACGUGCAUUUAUGUAUUUAUUUAUUUUGUUUGAGAAUUCACUGAUGGUGAAAAUAGAAUGGCUUUAAAAUGUGGACUUAAAAAACAAUAUAUUCUGCACUUUUGCAUUUCAGUGAACCUUGAGCAAUCGACAUGCUAGACUGAGGUGAGCCGAUGCUCUGAACCGCAUGCUGCAGCAGAUCCAAGGGGCUCCCAUGAUGAAGCGAGGGACCAGCUUGCAGAGCCGGCGGAGCAGCAAGACCACGAGCGAGCCACCGAAGGGGAGCCCGCAGAUCCACAGGCGCAUCUCCCAGGAAUCGACACUUUGUGGUCGGCCACGCUCAUCCUCCACUACAGACUCCCCCUGCAGCUCUACAUUGGCUGAGGUAACCAACUGCUACCUUCCCUAUGAGGAGGCCGAGCAAAUCGAACGCUUGGAGGUGAGCAGCCUAGCACAGACAUCCAACGCUGUAGCCUGUAGCAUCGAUGGCAACAUCAGCGUGGAUGGAGUGGACAGCACUCCGGACCCCCAGCGAACAAAACUGGCUAUCACUCACCUGCAGCAGAAGGUCCUCAAGCUGACUGAGCAGAUAAAGAUCGAGCAGACUGCCCGUGACGACAACGUGGCAGAGUACCUGAAGCUGGCCACCAAUGCAGACAAGCAGCAAAGCGCUCGCAUCAAGCAGGUGUUUGAGAAGAAGAAUCAGAAAUCGGCCCAAACCAUCCAGCAACUGCAGCGGAAGCUUGAACACUACCAUCGGAAGCUGCGCGAAAUCGAACACAACGGCAUCCCCCGGCAGCCCAAGGAUGUGUUGCGGGACAUGCACCAGGGCCUGAAGGGCGUUGGAGCCAAGGUGACUGGGUUCAGCGAGGGCGUGGUGGACAGCGUUAAGGGGGGGCUGUCCAGUAUCUCCCAGGCCACACACUCAGCAGCUGGGGCGGUGGUCUCCAAGCCAAGGGAGAUUGCAUCACUCAUCCGCAACAAUAUCUCCGGCCUGAAGGACUCAGACGAGUCUCAGUGUGAGGAUGGGACCAAUACUCUGAGCCUCUGCAGCAACCUGCAAUCCAGUCUUAAAUAUGGUAGUGAAGACGACUGCUCAAGUGCCACCUCGGGCUCCGCGGAGGCCAACAGCACUGCAGGGGCCCCCGGGGGACCCCCCAGCUCCAAAACAAACACACUGGACAGGCAAAGCUCAGGGUUUGAAACUCUUUUUCACGAGAUUCAAGAUAUCCGGGACAUCCAAGAUAGACUGGAGGAAUCUUUUAAAAACUUAAAAACUCACUACCAGAGAGACUACACUCUUAUAAUGCAAGCACUACAGGAGGAGCGCUACAGAUGUGAACGGCUAGAAGAACAGUUAAAUGACCUGACAGAACUGCAUCAGAAUGAGAUUCACAACCUUAAACAGGAGCUUGCUAGCAUGGAAGAGAAGAUUGCUUACCAGUCUUACGAGCGCACCCGUGACAUUCAGGAGGCGCUAGAGGCCUGUCAGACACGUAUCUCAAAGAUGGAGCUGCAGCAGCAGCAGCAGCAGGUGGUUCAGUUGGAGGGGCUGGAGAACGCCACUGCCCGCAUCCUUCUGGGCAAGCUCAUCAAUGUGCUGCUCGCGGUCAUGGCUGUCCUGCUGGUUUUUGUCUCCACUGUGGCCAACUGCAUGGUCCCCCUCAUGAAAACACGCAACAGGACGUUCAGCACAUUCCUUCUACUGGUUUUCUUUGCUUUCCUGUGGAAAAACUGGGAAGCAGUAUCUGAAUACUUAGAACGAUUCUUAUUGCCCCCUAGAUGAUGGUUAUAUAAAACUUGAAGAAGAGUGAAUUUGUUUACAUUUAGAGAAAAAAAAAGAUUUCUUGCAAGGCACAUCGCAAUAGUGUGUAUACUUAUACAUACAUACACAUGUAACAUUUAGCUGAAGUAGAAGAGUGUAUAUAAGGAACAUUUUCCAGCCUUUUUUGCCAAGAAUGGAAACUGAAGUAUGGUUUGAACUAAAGUUGCACUACAGAUCUUACUGUGAUAAACAAGCAGAUUCCAUGAUUUUGAAAAAAAAAAAAAUGUAUUUCAAGUUCUCACAGUUGAGUCACUUGAGUUAACUUUAUAUUUCUGUCAUAGUUUAAAAUGCUAAACUGAUUAAAACUAGGGAUACAAUUCUACACUGUACCAUAAUCAACCCAUUUAUUCACUCAAACAGAUUAACAUACUUGAAGAGUUGUAAUACUCAGAAUCUCAGUGCUUCCAUGUUUUCUAUUUAAAAAAAAAGGGUUUGUGUAUUUUUUUUUUUCAAUUUUUAAAUAAAGUUGUUUUAAAUUAAGUAGUGUUGUAGUUUAUAAUAGCCAUCUUAUUCGCAGAAGGUUAAAGGGCAACUAAGUGGACAAAUGAUUUUUUUGUUGUUGUUUUUUUUACGUCAUGGUUGCUUUAAAAGGACCGUGUACAACAUCCAUGACUUGAAUCGAGUCAGAUGAGUGGCUACUACAGACCGUAGAGUCUGAGCUGACUUGCUUUUGAAACAUGAAAGAGGUUGCAGAACAUAUUCGGAGUCUAUAGUAGCAAAUCACUUAAACCAGCAGCUGUGAAUCAGGUGUGAAUUACAAUAAAAGAUGGACAUUAACAACACACAGGAUGCACUGACACCCAGAAGGCAUCUCUACCCUGAUAGAAGCUGACUGCGGAAUCAUUUUCUAAUCACUUUGUAUCAUUUCCGCUUCAGCACUUUAAUAAUCAGAAAUUUAAAGCACUUCUGUGGCCUGAUAUAACAAUCGUGUCUAACCUCCAGCUACACACUGUAUGUUACACCAGCAUACAGCCAUUUAGCUUUCCAUUAAAAAUUUAGAGGGUUAUGCAUAAAAAUAGACAGCAUUUCCAGAUUGUCUCAUUAAUAUGCUUUUUAUUUUUCCCCAUCUGAUUCGUAAAACCAUUGUUAGGAUAAAUACAGUAACAGUUUACUGGCAUGUUUUUUUGUUGACAAGUUUUCUAUGACCAAUGAAAUGAAAGAUCAAACAAAAGUGAGAUGGCGGACGGCAUAACCAAGGUUUUAAAUUGGGAGUCUGAUAGAUAGAUUGAGAGGGGCAGAGCAGAGGGGAGGAGCCCUAGCUCCUGACCGUCUAUCACACCCCAAGUGUACAUAACAAAUUCUGUAGCACACCCAGACUAGCAAAACCCACUUUUAUUACUGUAUACCAGCAGUUUCCAUCAAGAUGAUAAGUAGAGCACAGGCAACAUUAUUGAAAGCUACAAUUCAUGACAUUAACACUUGACAAAUAACUUUAUAUACAAAUAGCGUAUAAUGUUCUUAAAAAAAAAAAAAAAAA